UCAGUCAACAUCUUCAGCUCGACUCAUCCACGACAAGAUAACGUAGGAAAGAUUUAGAUUUUUUUUCCUCUUUGUGUACUUAAAAAAACUUGAUUUUUAUUAUAAUUAUUUUUUAACGAUACUCUGUAAUGUCCAGUUCAGUACUUGUAGAAAUUUGUUAAUUUGUGUUAAUUAGGUUGUCAUUCUUCUUUUAAAAAUAGUCGACUUAUUCCCAUCUCGUGUAACAAAAGUUUUGUUUUUAUUCCUUAGUGACACUCUUUUAAGAUUUCCGUAUUUGUGGGAAUUUUCGAAGUGUUACGCUUGGCAAAAACCAGAUUGGCCAGACCGCCGGUCAAAAGCGGCCAAAAGUGGCUUUUGGCCACUUGCCAAAAUAGGUGACAAAUGGUCAAAAGUGGUCAAAAUGCAAAAAUGGGGCAUUCUGCGACAAGGAAUAAUGAUAAGUUAAUGAUUUUACUAAGGAUAUUGAGGAUUUCGCCAGUAUCUUGCAGAAUAAGUUGCCGGCUAUUUAUAUGUGACAUCGCUGUUUGAUUGGAUCUAAAAUUUUAAAAUUGGUUAUUAACUCUACAAAUAAGCAAUAAAUUACACAUUGCGUCUGAUGCAAUGCAUCAUUAAUUGACCCAGGAAUAGCUACGAAUUGAUCAACGAGCCAUUAUAAUAUUCUAGUAUCAAGCAAAUGUAUACAUUACUUACUAUAUUUGUCCACGUUGAAUUUAUUAGAGUGAUAAUUAUUACAGAUUAUUUCAAUUACUUUGUCAGAACUAUAAUGUACUUCGUGCAAAGAAAGAAUAAAUAAUAAGGGACGAGAGUCUUUUUAAACCCACCUCGCAAAUUAUUAGCCAAUAGAAUACUUUUGACCACUUUCGGCCACUUUCUACCAUUUUGGCCACUUUCGACCACUUUUGACCACUUUUGACCACUGGCCAACAAAAAACGAUUUUAGCCGGCAAAAGCGAAACACUGGUUAUGAAUUUGAAAAAAUAACUUUGUGGGAGCGGAUCAAAAUCUAAUUUGACGAAAAAACCUAGUGAAUUCAAGAACAAUGUUCGUCCUGUUCGUCCAACUUAUCGGCUUGGCUGGUCCUGGUCCUUUGGUUGACCGAUACCUUGAUAGCAGCAGCAUCACAAGGGCAGUUACCCUAGGGAACGGUACCUACCCCUUUGACGCUAUACCCGCACGCGUACCGAUUCGGUCCCGCAUAAUAAACGGCGAAGUUGUCCUGGAGGAGCCAAAGGUCGUUGCGUCUUAUCCAGAGCCACGUAUAGUAUUCGUGCUCGAAGAUAACGAGACCAACUUUGCAAGUCUGCUCGACCACAAGAUUUGGUGGACGGGACGAAUGCAAAAUGGGAGCGCUCGUUACGAAUACACCAUUCCAAUUCCAACGUCUUUUAACCAUUCGCAAACCUUUGUCGCGUGCCCGUUAGUGGAAAUUCAAGGAAGUAAAUCCGCCUACGAUUUAGCCUCUUGCGACGCCAUCCUCGUCAACAUGAUGUCCAUCAACGACACGGAUGAGGAGGCCGACCUAUACACUGAAGGACAUUCGCACGUUUCAUGGGGACAAGUGGACGCCACCAUCCCCUUUUCAGGACGGGAAACUGUGCUGAAGACCUGCUAUGACUGGAACGUGACAGAGUCAACAUUCUCGAUCUACUCCGCCUCAGAAACUUUACAGGAAUUCGUUCCUGUAAAGGAUAUUUUCCUGUUUUUUGCCUUGAAGUCACGGAGGAAAUUACUGGACUCCACAAACAUUCAGACAUGUCCCCGUGAGAAACACAAUCUGGUGGAGACCGGAAUUCACUAUUUACACCAUUCCGAUGGAACAUUUGCCAUGACCAGUGACGAAUAUUUGCUUUUGGUGACGCUCAGACAUUCUGAGAAUACUUGGGAACCAGAAAUUAUUGGACACCCUGGACAAGAAGUGGUCCCAAUUUUACAAAUUGUUGAUUGCAAACAAAUCAACCUUUCCAUCAGAUGUGUCGCGUUCCACGACCCAUUUUACCUCCAAAAAGGAUUUCAAUUGGAUUCAAAUUCUGUAACCGUGGAGGAAAGCGAUGGAGUAGUGUUGAAAGGAGUCUCUUCCGAGACGACUGAGUUCGAGAGGGCUUCCCACUUUAUUACGUUAUCUUUGGAUGGCGUUCCUUCCCCCAAAGGGACGCUGCUUCGCAUCACGGCAAAGGCGGUGGCCCUAUCUUUUCCAUCUCCAAUCACUAUUUCGUUUUAUUCUACAGUCAGAGGGGUACCGCUCAUCGAGCUCUUUGAAAUGAAGAAGAUAAGCAAUGCUAACGCGACUGAAAACGUGGUUUACGACUUUCCCCCUGGAGUUCACAGCGUGAGAGGAAUUCUUUCUGGUGACUUGCAUGCAAAAUUGGUGUUAUACGAAAACACUAUGAAUUCCACGGAAGUUCCUGACUUCUUAGUUAACGUAGGGGACGAUGGAGGAUUCAACUUCACCAUAAGUUUGAACCCAGCAAUAACUAAUCAAAGUUUUACACUCUUCGCCCAAGGGGACGGAGGUGUCUCGAACAACGUGACCAUAAAGUUGGCGGAACCCACCGGAAGCAUCUGGAUUUCUGGUGUAGUAAUAACUGUCUACGUCGUGAUCACCGUGUUUGCCAUCAUCUUGUGUGUAAUUGGUUGUUACAAGUUACGAUUCAGGCAAGAAUGGAAGACUGAUGUACAAUUUGACUAAAUAAUCACGAUUUUUUCCAACCGAUGCAAAAUUAGGUUAAACUAUUAAGGUUAAAAUAUUAUUAUCUGGAAACUUUUGAGUUUACUGAAUCAGUGAUAUUUUUCAUGACUUUUAGUAUGACGCGUAACCAAAAUCAGCACAUUUUUAAUAAUUUCUCAGCUCUGGGAAUUUAUUUUAUAAUUCUGGACGACAAAUUUUUAGUAGAAUAGGGUUGGGUUUUUAAGGCAGUUUGUUGAUAUUUAUUACAAAUUGGUAUCGACCUGCUCUACAAAUUCGUCCAAACCAAACAAUGCCAAAAACUAUCCAAGAAAGCUUUAAAUCCAAAAGUCCAGUUUUUUGCGCCCAGAAAAAUAUUUUCCUUUUAAGCAAAACAAAGUAUAAAGAUGGCUCAAUUAGUAAGUGAUACAAAAAUGACGUUAAUACCUCAAUUAAUAAUGAGGAACGAAAAUUAUGUACUGAUUUUGAAACGGUGCCCUUAACACGAGUAGGAAACAAUGACAAACAGUAGCUAGUCCAUUCACUUUAUAGUCUAAAUUCCGCAAUUCGCAAACAAAUAGGGUCACGAUUAUAUUUGCAAAUUUGUAAAACUGGAAAUAAUGAUGAUAUUAAUUCCAUUAUGAUAUUAUCACACGUAUUUCAUUGCUUGUCAGAUAGUUCCAUUUGCAAAUUCCAUAUUAAUUAAAAUUGUGAUCGAUUGACACUAGUUUGAUUCAAAUCUGUGAACAUACGUUGGAAGACAUACAUUGUAAAAUUAAGAAACAAAUAGAUCUGUAAUGAAUCUUAUUGUCGACUGAGGCUUAAUUUUCACUUAUUAUUUUUUUGCAGAAUGUAUUUCGUUAAAUAAUUCAGUAUUCUUGAUCUUUGCUUUAAUUACUCAGUUAAGAAAAUGCGUCAGGGUUUAUUUUAUACUUGAAAUGCGCUAGGUUUUACUUAUCAAUCUUUUUUUUAAAAAUGAAUUAAGUUAUCUCAUGUAAUUGGCAAAUAUUUGGCGAAAUAUUCCGUCAAAUUUUUACUUUUCCAAAGUAAAUUUGAUCUUGUGUAUGUAUGAAACAGUUUCAUCAGAAUGUUGCUCACUUCGCGAAAGACCUUCUGAAUUUGUGAAGUAUGUAAAAAUUCUGAAAAAUGGAAUCUCUCGUUUCUCGUCAUUUUUUAAAAUAUUAAUUUCGUUCUUUCCAACCCUUUACAUGUUUUUUUAUGCACUCAAAAUAAA